AUGACAACUAUGCCAGAAUAUGGGUUGGGGAGUGGGAACUUAGGUGCCGAUGGCGGGCGUGAGAGAGGCUCGAGAAGGAGGAAGCUUGCAGCUAUGGCUGGUAGCAUGUAUAGGGCUGGCGCAACUGCGGUAAAUGAGAUUAAAGAGUCUUACUACCAGACAAGAUCGAGCGAUACCGAUACUUCAGAAGCGACCAGGAUUACAAUACCAGAUUCCUUCCCCGACGUUGCCAUCGUGACAAAAGGAAACGAGCAGAUGGUCUUAUUUCCGUCCUAUGCAAAGAGGCACGUAAAGAGUCAGCCUAGGCAAUUCGAAGAUCCGGGAGGACCACCCCAUACUUCAACUAUGAGCAUGAACGAACAGGAAUACUGGAGGAACGAGUGGUCAAGACACGAAGAUGAGAAAGCUAUUGUAGACGUAGAUGUCCGAGGCUGGAUAUACAUCCCUCAUAGGAGUCCAAUGACUCGUCGUAACCGAAUAUUGAUUGGUCUGGCGAGACAGUUAAGCGGCAUUCCCGCUCCGAGGACUCAACAGGCCGACUCAACUUCUGCUAUGGAACCCUCUUUGGCGAGAAUACACGAGCAACACGAGGAGGAACGUGAGCGAGAGAGGAUCGCACAAGAAGCCAAAGAAAUCGAGCGCAAGGGCAGGUUUGAGGAAGAAGCCGCGCAGAAAGGUGGUUAUAGUGAAAGACCGAGGGAUGAAGAUUCUGAAGACGAAGGAAGCAGGCGACGCCUGGACCAUUACUCGCAAGAUAGCAGUAGAUCACCACCCUCUGCGCCGUCAUCACCUGUUCUCCGAGGGCGUACCAAUACAACAGGAACUACUGAGCUCACUGAAACGGAACUGGCAGUUGCAAAUGCAAAUCUAAUGGCUCGUAUCGCACCUUUUAUGACCACACCGUUGGUUGAGAUUCCCAUCACCUUGUUCUUCUAUAACGAAAAGCAAGCCCAGUCGCGCACCGUAAAAACCAAUGAUUCAGGUCACUUUGUAAUCAGAGCGGCGCUCGACUUCGUUCCGACCCAUGUACGCGUGCUCGCGAACGAGGACAUAUCCUAUACAGAACCAGUGCAGCUCAUCGAGCCAAAAGGAGUCAGUCUAAUAAGCGAUAUCGACGAUACCAUCAAACGCUCAAACAUCUCGUUCGGCGCCAAGGAAAUAUUUCGAAAUACCUUUAUUCGUGAGCUGGGCGACCUAACUGUAGACGGUGUUCAAACAUGGUACAACGCUUUGCAUGACCUCGGCGUUCGCAUACAUUACUGUUCCAAUAGCCCGUGGCAGCUGUACCCGGUGUUAGCUACGUAUUUCAAGUUAGCCGGCUUGCCGCCGGGCUCGCUACAUUUGAAGCAGUAUACGGGUAUGCUUCAGGGCAUAUUCGAGCCCGUGGCCGAGCGGAAAAAGGGUACGCUGGAGAAGAUCAUGAGGGAUUUUCCAGAAAGGAAAUUCCUGCUAGUUGGUGAUAGCGGCGAAGCGGACCUCGAGGUAUAUACGGAAUUGGCCGUCUCUAAUCCCGGGAGAAUACUAGCUAUUUUCAUUCGAGACGUUACGACACCAGAACAAACUGGUUAUUUCGACUCCGGAUUCGACGCACGUAGUAACGGCAGGCACAUUCCUCGAACUAAUUCAAACAUUCGUCUUAACCAGGUAUCUUCUAGAAGUAAUAGCAGUGAUAGUAGAGAGGGUAGUCUCGUCGGAAGACCCCCGCUCCCUCCUCGAGUAACAACUACGUCGAAAUCAGUUAACGGGACCGUCGUAGGAGACCUAAUUGACCUGUCGGAGGAGCCGGAACCGGAGCCGGAGCCAGAACGGCUCCGGCGGGUCGAAUCGGAACCUCAGACGGUAGGAAAACCCGCACGACCGGCGGAUCUACUAGCACGGAAACCACCGCCACCAAGACCUGCGAAACCAAAAUCCUUACAGAGCACACCGGCCGCGCCGAUAUUGACUACAGAUGAUGGCGGGCCUACUAAAAAACCCUCGGGUUCGGUGCCCCCGCAGCCACCAGAGCCACGUAAGCCAAGCCAGGCGAAUAAUAGAGCGUUGACACCUAGCCCUCUAGCGCAGAUGCAGAUGUCGUCUGACCACGCCGGCGGAAGGGACGGACUAAGAACGUUGAAGAAAACUAAGAGUAACGGCCAAAUAUCCGACAAUCCAAAUCUUCCUCCCCUCAACUCAUCAUCUAAGAUCGCACCCCCUCCUCCGCCCCCUCGACGAGGCACACCGUCUAACACCUCCACGACGAAAUCGAGCCCGCGUCUCGUAGCGGCUCGCGCUAGCGACAGCAGCCUAGUCCGCCGCCGGACAACAGGGGACUCGGAGGUUGAGUUUGAGGGUCUGUCACCUGGUAUUAAUAGUAGCGCUACGUAUAACAACGGGAGUCCAAACGGACAGUCGGCGGUUAUGAACAAGAAAUUGGACUUGUGGCGUCGGCGGUUGCAACGUGCGCAGGAGACGCUGGAACGGCACGGCACGGCGCUGUAUACGUGGCGUCGCGGCGAUGAAGUUGUGGAUGAGGCAAUUGGGAUUGUGAAGAGAUGCAUGGAGGAGAUGGAUAGGUGA